AUGGAACACUCGAGUGAUAGAGCUGGUGGUGGUUCUGUCAACAGUCCUCCAUGGUUUGAUGGAGGGUGUGGAAAGUACACUGAAUGGAAAAUAUACAUGAAAUCGUACUUCUAUGCACAAGAUGAGCAUGGGAGGAUGAAACGGUGGAUGACUUUGAUGGGAGAAUUCUCAAGAUCACUGGUCGGUGUUGGAGUAGAUAAGAUAGUCAAGAAGAUACUCAGGGCCUUGCCUGAAAAAUUCCAUUCCAAAGUCACCAGUAUAGAGGAUUCAUUUGAUAUUGAUGACUAUCCACUUGAUGAGCUUAUCAGAAAUCUCAAAACCUAUGAGAUGAGGAAGCAUGGUAAUAGCAAUAACAAAUCGCUGCUCUUAACAUGGAGUGAUGAUGAAACUCAGGAAGUGGAGAAUGUAGUUUUUGUAUCAUCUCUCUUGGCUGAUUCAGAAAGUGAUGAGGCUUUCUCUGAUGAUGAAACUGCUAUCCGCUGCAAGCAACUCUACAAGACAACUUGGGAACAAGAAAGGAACAGGUUCACUGAUGAGUUAACUAGUGUAUCAAAUGAUAAGGUGCUGCCAGCAUGGAAGAAUGAACGUCUUGAACUCAACAAUAAAAUCAAACUGCUGGAGCUUGAGGAUGAGUUAAAAAUCACUCAAGAAAAGUUUGCUAAGUUUGAUAUCAGCUCAAGUGUUGUAUCAAGGUUGUUUGGAUCAGGAAAAGCUCCACAUGACACUUUCAGACUUGGCUAUUCAGGUGGGAGUUCCAAGAGUACCAAGUUUGUCAAAGAGUCACGACCAGUUGUUGAAAAUGGUGAAUCUUGUACUGACAUUGUCAAAAAGGUCAAGGACAAAGGUAAUGAACAACUGAAAUAUGCUCAACAGGUAAAGUUUGACCAAGGAGUUACUACUAGUCAAAACAGGUAUCUCAACUCAAAGACCUUUAUUCCUACUUGUCACCAUUGUGGUAAGAUCGGACAUAUUAGACCUAGAUGUAAUGAGAGAACUGUUAAGUUACAGCAUGAUCAAGAAAAAUGUACUGUAGAAUCUCUACAAAGUGAGCUUAGAGAACAAAAGGAACUCAUCAAUAGGCUAACUGAAUUGUUUUCCAAAAAGCAAACUAUUAGAGGAAAAAAUGUCUGGACUAGGAAGAGUAGGAAUAAUAGUUCUCUCACUCACACUGACACUGCUAAUGCUGCUUGUCUUAUAAUAUGUGUUAAUCCAUGUAAGAAAUCUAUAUAUAUUGAAGCCACAUGUCUAGUAGCUCUUACAGCCUUAGCUGACAAACAAAGAGACAUUUGGUAUGUUGAUAGUGGCUGCUCUCGACACAUGACCGGAGACAAAGCAUGGUUUUCUUCCUUUGAGGACGAGUGCACAACAGGAUCUGUCACCUUUGGUAAUGGAAGAAAAGCAAUCAUAUUGGCUCGAGGCACUGUCAAUACACCUGGCAUCCUAAAUCUCAAGAAUAUACUAUAUGUUGAAGGACUGAUAGCUAAUUUGAUUAGUGUCAGCCACUUGUCUGAUGACUAUGAAGAUGUGACGUAG